AUGGGUAUCUCAUCCAAAUACGUGCUGCUUGUCGCCCUCGCCAUCCUGGUGCUUCUGCCUGCCGGCGCCGACGCCUUUGGCGCGGGCAAUAUCGCAUCCAUCUCCAAGAUUGAGGGGCAGAACUGGCGCCAUGGAGAUAUCGAAGAUAUGCUGGCCACGGUAGCCUGCUUGAAGGGACACAAGUGGAAGAGUAACAUGAUCAAGCGCGUGUAUUUUGGCAACUGGCUCCGCGACUACUCACAAGCUAUCGAUGUCGGCACGUUGGCCAAGGUCCAGGGCGAAACCAUUCGCGUUCUAGUCUGGGUCCUGUCUUUCAUGUCCUUUGGUUAUGCAACUGGAGAAUUCGAAGUCACGGCCGAACGACUGGGUUGCUACAGGCCUGAAGAGCACAUUGGUAAGCCAAUUCUAACGUCCUUGCAGAAAGAUUAUGCAGACAACGAAGAUGCUCGCCAAUACGACCCGCGUCUCCGUGGUCCGGUAUCAGAAGCUGAGCUGGCCGUCGAUCCUGAGACGGGCAUGAAAAACUACAUUGCCAAUGAGCGUGGCGAUUGGUCUACAUCUUCAGGAUACGUCAAGUAUUCCUUUGCACGUGCCAUUCACUUUGGCCGUCUAUACACCCACGGUCCCGACGGCCAGCGUGGACGAGACGAGGACCUCUCCGAAGCGCUUCGUUGUCUGGGCCAAGGAUUGCACUGUCUUGAAGACUAUGGUGCCCAUACAAACUACACUGAGCUGGUGUUGAGAGAGCUUGGCUACACCAACGUGUUCCCUCAUACGGGCGCAGAAACUGCCAUCAAUCUUCACGGCAAGCACACUUACCCGCUCGUUACAGGCACAUUUGGUGGCGUCGACUUCUUCCACUCGGUCCUGGGAGAGGCCAACGACCACAUUACGCAAACCGAGAUUGACGAAGUCAACACUGCCCUUGUAGAUGCAGUGUCUGGAAAUGGGAGCCGGUCAGGGCCAGGAGGAACCGACGCCUGUGGUGGUCUGAUAGAUGCCCUGAGCAAGGUCCCGGGCACUGGCGACCUCAUCAGCCAGGCAAGGAGUCUGCAGGCCUCGUCAGACGCACAAGCUGCAGAGAAUGCCCGCUCCGGAUUCGGCGACUACAGUUCGUCAAGAGCUGGACCCAACGAGUUCGACGCUCCACCUGGCUCGAUGGGCGGUCCACCAGGACCAGACAUCCCAGGCACGAACACUGAUCCCGCGACUAUUAUUCCAAAGAUCUACCCCAUCCUCGUCUUCAGGGACAACGUCGUGCGCAGCAUCUCCAAUAUCAUCUCCAAGAUCCCCGGACUCGAGAAGCUCAUCGAGACCAUCACCGAACGCGUGACCAUCUUCGUGCUGUCUCUGCUCGCGCCCUUUAUACUUCCAAUUAUCAAGACCGCAUCAUCCCAGCUGAAGAGCGGUUCGUCGGCCGUCAUCGACUCGGCAGCCAAGCACCAGUUUGAAGUCUGGACGGAUCCCACCUCGACCAACCCCACGCACAGCAUGCUGUCCAAGGACCAUUUCUCAAACAUUCUGAACGCACCUGCUGGCCAAGUCGCCGUCGCCAUCCUGCAAUACGUCGCGCCCCGCGUCAUCUACGCCUGGGACCACCCCGACGUCCCCGUCGACCAGGUCCUGAACGAUGUCGUCCGCGUGUUCCACCACCCAGCCAUUCGCGACCCGCACUGCGAGGUCCACAACAAUAUACCUGAACGACAUCCUGUCGUCGGAAUCCGUAAAGGCUGGACACAACCACAGCGGUACCCACGACCACUCGUCGGGCCACGGACACGGCGCAGCAAACGUAGCGAGCUUCGGCCACAGCCAUGGCAGCGGCCACUCUUCUAA